AUGGGACCGACAUCGUUUGCAUUUCUCAACGGUAAGUGUAGUGUGUACACAGUGACAGCUGACAGAAAGGUCGUUGAUAUCGCCAGGUGCAUCCCUAAGGUCAUUGCCGAUCUCACAACUCCCCGAUGUACCACAAUCGCUACCUGCGGGUACUUGACCAGCAUCAGAGUGGGACGGGACGGUCAGCUGUUGGUGCUCGACGCUUACCGGGGACUCUUCCAGGUCAACCCGAUCACAGGCGCAGUGAGGCAGCUGUAUUCUUCAACAAAUGCUAUCGGUGGCCGUGUGCCCAGGUACCUGAACGAUAUGGUUCAAACCCCUGAUGGGAUCAUUUUCAUGAGCGAUUCCAGCGACCGCUAUGAUGUCGCCAAUGAUAUGUAUAUCAUCAUGUCAGGAGCACCUACCGGCAGGAUCAUAGCCCUGAACCCCGUGACUGCAGCCACCAUCGAAGUCCUGAGAGAUGUCCUGGUAUAUCCUAACGGUCUGGAACUGACAGCUGAUGGAACAGGCCUGCUGAUUUCAGAAACUGGAAGAGCCAGAAUUGUUCUGAUGAGUCUUCUGGCCUCCACCUACAAGCAGAUCUCCAUUUUUGCGGCCAACCUGCCCGGGUUACCAGGCAACAUCAGACGGUCAGCACGGGGCACUUUCUGGGUGGGUCUGUCCCUGGUUCGUCACAGCGGGAUCCCUAACUCCAUGGACAUGUUCUCCAACAACCCCGCAGCCAGGAGCCGAACUGUUGCAACGGUCGACCAGAACACCAUCAAGUCCUACUUCCCCAGGUACGGGCUGCUGGUGGAGCUGGACUUCAUUGGAAGGAUCAUCGGCAGUCUGCACGAUCCCACAG